UUGACCUCAACUUCAAGAACCCAGAACUCCUGAUCUUUAGCGUUAUAGAAUGUGAUAGUUUCAGAACCUCAGUUUCUCGUGUAAACUUCAUUUCAUGUUCUCUCUCUCUCUCUCUCUCAAAAAGCUUUCUUUCAUGGCCAAAACAAGAAACGUUAAGAACUCUUUAAUCACAGUGAACCCUUCACCAUUCUUUUACUACUUGCUUUCGAAUUCUCCGCUGGCUUCCAUCGUCUCCUCCCCCAAGAAAAACCCAAGAAACCGCAAGCUAUGCACGCUCUCAAACCUCAGUCUCUUCUUUCUUUCUCUCCUCGUUUCCUUCACUUUCUUGGGAAUCUCCGUUCUCAGCUUCAUGCCCAUUUCCUUGCAGGACUCAUCCUUGCGUCCCCUCAUGUCUCCUUCAUCAGUACUGUUUUCAUCACCAUCUUUUUCGUCUGCAGAACACAGAUCUCGGGUCACCUUGGCAUCGCUUGCUUCAACUUUUUUGGACAGUGAAGAAAAUGAGCCAACACUUUCAAAGAGCGUGAUGGUUCCGUUACCAGCGCACGGGAUUGUUGGGAGCAAUGUUUCCGAGGAGGAGAGAGAGUUCUGGCAGCAACCGGACGGCGAGGGAUAUCGGCCAUGCUUGGAUUUCAGCAUCGGGUAUCGGAAAGCAUCCGUUAGGAUUACAAAGGAGAAGAGGAGGUUCUUGAUGGUGGUGGUUUCUGGGGGACUAAAUCAGCAGAGAAAUGAGAUUGUUGAUGCAGUUGUUAUUGCAAGAAUCCUUGAAGCUGCAUUGGUUGUGCCAGUUUUGCAGGUUAAUCCGAUAUGGGGAGAUGAAAGUGAAUUUUCAGAGAUAUUUGAUGUAAAACAUUUCAAGAGAACUUUACAAGCUGAUGUACGAGUUGUAUCAUCUCUUCCUUCCUCGCAUUUGCUGUCAAGACAGACCAUUGAAACCAAGAUUCCUCGUGAUGUUUCUCCGCUUUGGAUCCGUAGCAGAUUCUUCAGAAAACUGAAUAAAGAUGGAGUUUUCGUCUUGAAAGGGUUGGAUUCUAAACUCUCAAAGAAUCUUCCUUCCGAUCUGCAGAAGCUUAGAUGUAAGGUAGCAUUCCAUGCACUUCGAUAUGCAGCUCCGAUAAGGGAACUCGGAAAUCGGCUUGCAAGGAGAAUGUGGAUUGAGGGGCCCUACAUUGCACUCCAUCUCCGGCUAGAAAAGGAUGUGUGGGUCAGAACUGGAUGUCUCACUGGUUUAGGUGCAGAAUAUGAUGACAUUAUCUCCAAGGUUCGGGCGUCUCAACCUGAAUACCUUACAGGAAGACAAAACAUGAGCUACUUGCAGAGACGUCUUGCUGGACAAUGCCCUCUAAAUUCACUAGAAAUGGCAAGGCUCCUAAAGGCUCUAGGAGCACCCGGAAAUGCACGGGUUUACAAAGCGGGAGGAGAGCCAUUUGGGGGCAAACAGGCUCUGCAGCCACUUGUAACAGAGUUUCCAAAUCUGGUCACCAAGGAUAAUUUGGCAAGAGAUGGAGAACUCUCACAGUACAGUAAUAGAUCUUCAGCUCUAGCUGCCAUUGACUACAUUGUCUCUCUGAGUAGUGCUGUGUUUGUUCCUUCCCAUGGCGGAAACAUGGGCAGAGCCAUGCAAGGCCACCGUGCGUAUGUGGGGCACAGGAAAUAUAUAAAGCCGAACAAGAGAUCCAUGCUUCCUUUACUUGAAGACACCUCCAUCUCUGAUGCAGAAUUCAGUAGCACCAUGAGGAAGUUGCACGUCAAAUCUCAGGGCCAGCCUGAGAUGAGAACUAACAGGAGAGAUCGAGAUGUGAUUGCAUAUCCUGUCCCUGAGUGCAUGUGCAAACAUAGCACUGGCAUUUUUUGAAAUCAUU